AGAGAGAGAGAAAAUAAGUGAGAUUUGUGGAGAGAGGAAGGCUAGACUUGUUUAUCUCGUUCUUGCAUAACUCCAGAAGGAGGGACAGACAGACUGGUGUAAACAGAGCAGGAGGUGACAGUAGACAGACAAGGCUGUUGGACUGGGCUGGAGGAAUACACGCAGACACACACCAAAAGUAUGCAAGCACCCACUGGCUCCAGGUCAUCUACAAGACCCUGCUAGAUGUCUGGGACACCACCCCCAGUACGUCCUAGGAAGCCAUCAGGUGUUAGAGUCAUGCCCCAUGAUGGUCAACUUCCUUCCCAUGGCUAUGCAAAGGUGUUCAAAGUGAAUGGGGCCAGUAGUGAGACAAAAUACACAUCUCGAGGACAUGCAGAGAGAGAGGUGGAGAUCCUAAACCACUGUUUUGAUGACGUGGAGCGCUUCAUGGGACGCCUGCAGCAGGCUGCUGAGGCUCAGAGCAUCCUCAACCAGACGAAGAGGAAGAGCAGAAAAAGCAAGAAGAAAGAGAAGCAGGAUGAUGAUUUGCUGACCCUGAAAGCCUGCCCUCCACCUGAGGUGGAGUUUGUUGACAUUUUUCAGAAAGUCAAGUACUCCCUCUGUCUGCUGGACCGCCUGAAGUCGUCCAUCUCUGAGCCGUCUUCUGGGGAGCUGGUGCAUCACGUCUUUAUUCCCCUGGGCCUGAUGGUGAAGACUACUGAUGGGCCAGAGAUGGGGGCGACUGUGGUCAGUCCAGCCUUGACCAGUGGUGCUGUGUCUCUACUGCAGAAACACCUGACCGAUGAAGAGAAGGAGCUUUGGAGCUCCCUAGGGCCUAACUGGACCUUACACUGCUCCCAGCUUGUUGAGUCUGUCCCUCCAUACUCACCUGUCUUUCUGGAUGGAUGGCAGCCUGAGGCCGUUGACCCAGAAGGUCAACUUUGGGAGGACCCAAUCAAGUCACAGCACAAACAGGACGCUCUUCAAUACAGUGUAGAGGUAUACUUACUGUAGCAUAGGCUAGUGGAACUGUACAGUGUAGAGGUAUACUUACUGUAGCAUUGUCUAGUGGAACUGUACAGUGUAGAGGUAUACUUACUGUAGCAUUGUCUAGUGGAACUGUACAGUGUAGAGGUAUACUUACUGUAGCAUUGGCUAGUGGAACUGUACAGUGUAGAGGUAUACUUACUGUAGCAUUGUCUAGUGGAACUGUACAGUGUAGAGGUAUACUUACUGUAGCAUUGGCUAGUGGAACUGUACAGUGUAGAGGUAUACUUACUGUAGCAUUGUCUAGUGGAACUGUACAGUGUAGAGGUAUACUUACUGUAGCAUUGUCUAGUGGAACUGUACAGUGUAGAGGUAUACUUACUGUAGCAUUGGCUAGUGGAACUGUACAGUGUAGAGGUAUACUUACUGUAGCAUUGUCUAGUGGAACUGUAUGU